AUUUCUGCAUCUAAAACAACUGUAAAUGUCUGGUGCAGGGACCUUCAACCGAAGCCCAAUAAUAUUAAUUUCCUCACUGACAGCUGCAGUUCUCCACUUAUAGAUUCUCUUCAGGUAAAGAUGUCCUGCACCAUUCUGUAUCCGCUGCUGCUUCUCCUGUUCAGCUGUGCCUGUCUGUCUGAGGUCCAGCAGGAAGAGAAGGGAGUACUGACUGAGAGUCCUUUGAAUGAAGAGGAAAGCGGUGCUGUUUUGACUUCUGGUGAGUUUCAGCAACGCUUUCUCACAGGGAUCUACUCUGAGCUGGCAGAGCUGAGAUCAACUGUGAGAUCUCUGAAGAACAGACUGGAGGUCACUGAGGAGCAGAUCAGGAAAAAAGAAUAUAAAGUGGCAUUUGCCGCCACACUUGGACCCAUUGGUAACCUUGGACCUUUUAACACUGAGAUCACUCUGAUUUACCAAGAUGUGUUUGUGAAUGAAGGAAGAGCUUACAACCCAACCACUGGUAUCUUCACAGCACCUGUUAAAGGUGUCUAUUUCUUCAUUAUCACUGGACAUAACCGCUCAUCUAGAAGUAUGGGUCUAAGACUCUUUAAAAAUGGACAACAGAUGAUAACAAUUUACAAUCAUGCUCUAGGUGACCGCUAUGACACAGGAUCUAAUUCAAUCUCUUUGACUCUAGAGGAAGGAGAUCAUGUCUAUGUGCGUCUCCGGGAAAAUACAUGGGUCUUUGAUAAUGUAAAUGACCACACUUCAUUUGUUGGCCAUUUACUUUAUUCUCUUUGAUGGUCUUCAAUGAACAUCAUCUUAUGAGGCUAAAGUCUUAAUGUUUGUUGAGUCAUAUUUCAUGUUAUUUGGUAGUUCUAUUAAAAUGAACUGCUUGGAAAAUUUAAACUUUUUUAAAGAAACUUAAUUUGUGCUUUUAGCUUUCAUCGUCUCUUACAAUAGACUUACAGUAAUUAUUGUCAUUACUGGCCAGUGUCCUUCAUAUUUUUACUGAACAAUAUGAAAUGUUAUGAUUACAUGAUAAGCACAUUUUGCAACACAGUUUCAUUUUUUGUAUAUAAUAUCCAGUUUCUAUUUGUUAUUAUGUGCACACCUUUGUUAAAUAUCCCCACUGUUAAUAAACAUUUUACAACUUUGA